UUUACAAAAAGAAAAAAUCAUUUUUUUUUUGUUGUUGUUGUAAAUUUUCUUAAUUUGCAAUAAGUACAUCAUCCGUCAAUAAUAACAUCCAAAAAAUCUUGUUUUUUUUGUAAAAUAUUUUUCAUUUUUUUCAUUCUUAAAUUGUUUGUUGAUCGAUUGACAAACCAGCAAAGAUCGAUUGAUUGAUUUUGAUUUCGUUUUGGUUUGACUGAAAAAAAACGAACGAAAUGAGUAAAUUUUGGGAUCGAGCAUUAUCAUUACGUACUGAAUCGGAUAUUCUACGUGAAUUUUUAGCCGAAUUUCUUGGUACACUUACAUUUGUGUGUUUAGGAUGUUCAGCUAAUGCUAUAAUGGUUGUUUCGGGUUACAAUCGUUUUUCAUUAAUAACAGGACCAUUAUCAUGGGGUUUAGCACUGACUGUUGCUAUUUAUAUUUGUGGUGGUGUUUCGGGUGGUCAUUGUAAUCCAGCCGUAUCAUUAGGAUUAGCAUCAAUUAAAAAAUUUGAAUGGAAAAAAUUAUUACAUUAUUUUUUGGGACAAUAUCUUGGUGCAUUUGUUGGUUCAUUAUUAACAUAUGCUGUUUAUAAUCAAACUAUUGAUCAAUUACCCGGUGAAAUAACAUGGCCAAUUUUUGGAACCAAAUCAUUACCAGAAAUUAAUGCCGGUUCAGCAUUUUUAGAUCAAUUAAUAUCGACAAUGUUUUUCGUAAUGAUUAUCUGUUCGCUGACCGAUGACGAUAAUCCAUUACGUCCAUCAAAAGGUUUAUUACCAAUUACAAUCGGUUUCGUUAAUUUUGGUUCAAUGAUAGCAUCAUUCGGUUAUAAUUGUGGUGGUCCAAUGAAUCCAGCACGUGAUUUAAUGCCAAGAUUAAUGACAACAAUGACUGGUUGGAAAUCGACACCAUUCUCAGAUAAACAUUAUAAUUAUUUUUGGAUACCAUUCGUAGCUUGUCAUUUAGGUGGUAUAAUUGGUUGUUGGUUAUAUCGUCUUAUGAUUGGUAAUCAUCAUCGAAAAUAGAUUUGGCUGAUAAUGUUUUGUUGAUCAUCAAAAUUUGGUUCAAGGUUUUUCGCACUUAUCUUAUUGAUGGGAAAAUUUCGAUUGUUUAAAAAAAA